AUGGAAGAUAUUGACUUAACAAAGAUUGAAAAAAAUAUUUCAACCAAAGUCAAAAACGUUCUAAGAAAAUAUAACUAUAUUUACGAGAGUUGGGGAAAUCUUCUUAAUAAGAUAGACGUGGUCAAACUUGAAAAUAAAGAAUUAAAAAAUUCUAUUAUUGAAAAUACAGAAAAGAUUAAAGAGAAAGAAGAUCAAAUUAAUAAAUUAAAAGCUUCUAUUGAAGCAGAAACUAUAAAGAAAGAAAAAGAAAAACAACAAAGUAACAUUAAUAGAAAAUCAAGAGAACCAACUGUCCAAGAAUUGGUAUUGUCCCAAAAAACACAAAAACAGAAUAUUGAAGAAAAGACGACUAAUGAAGCACCUUCUUAUGUUAUUACAAAUAUUCUUAAUAAUAGUUUUCAAAAUAGUCUCAUCUUCAAUUUAUAUUAUGAGGAUAGACAAGUAGAUAUUAGGAAUAUAAUUUGGAGUACUUUAUCAAAUUCAUUAAUCUUAUUUGAAACAGAAGAACUAAAGUAUUUUGGGAUUUUUAUGAAUCAAGCAUUUUUCUUUUUAAUAGACUCUAGGAUAGAAAUGGUUCAACCAAAUACAUUUAACUAUUUUGACAUCCAUUUAAACAAUGAACAGCCAUACUUAUUUAUUGAUAAUUAUUUCUAUUUAUUUAAAAAAGAAAUAAUUAUCAAUGACAUUGAAAACCAUGUUAAUCCUUUAUUCAAACAAGUAGUUCGUUCUUGGAUGACAAACCAAAUAGACACGAAACAAACUACUAUUAAAAUUAGAAGAGUUUUUAUUUGGAACAUUAUUCAAUUAAUUUAA